AUGUGGAUCCUGUACGUGUGUACUUCAAUGCUUGCAAUAGCGAGCGUAACUGCCAGUGAUAGUUUGAGUGCCAGUGAAGUAAAGGUUUUUCGUAAAUGCUGCGCGAGACAUGAGAGUCUUAUUAAGGUGGUAUCGUUAGAUUUUGAUUAUAAUGAACAUUUUGAUUGUGUGGAUCGUCAGUUUAUAGAAAAAACGUAUAAUAUCUCUUAUUCUCCACUAGUUGUAAGUGAUAGUGUUUCAGUAAAUCAUGGAAUGCCAAUGCUGUGUGAUAGCUUGAUGAUGGGAACGGUGGAUGUCGGCACAAAAUUAUUGACUUCAGACAGCAAGUGCUAUGAUAGAUUGAUAGCUGAAGUUAUCAACGAUACUUUGUCGCAACACAUUCCCAAAACAGUAGAAUUAACUUGCUUGAAUAAUGAGACUGAAAAUAUAUCCAAGUCAUAUUUAGAAAUAAGUCAUAUAAGAAAAUGCUGUCGAAAAGGAGAAAGCUUUGACACCGAAUAUCAUGGGUGCAGGAACAUUGCGAAUGGAAAUCAUGAGAAAUGGUUGAUUGAUAAUUUAAAUUUGACGGGCAGUUAUGUAUAUGAAGUUGACAUUGGACUGCAAUGCAAAGCUGACGAAUAUGCUGUUGAAUUAAAACAAAAAGAUUUUGUGUUUUCCAUAGAAGGCAGUGUUUUAAACGCGUGGAGUAAAAGUGACAAAAGCAAAGGAGGCAGUCUUAUGCAAGGAGAUUGGUGUAUCGAUCAAGAAUAUGGAGGAGUGGAAACCGUGGCGAAGGUCUGCACAAAAAACUGCCUUGCUUUUAAUGCAUUCUGCGUACGUAAAUGUUGUCCUGAAGGAUAUCAUUAUAAAGUACGGCGAUGUGGAAGCUUAGUAAGCACUUGUACACCUAAUGUAGAUGAUCAGGAUUUCUUCAACACUUCAAAAUAUUUAGAUACACUAGAAACUGAUUACAUAGGUUUGACAGAUGUUAUGGGGGUUCGAACCAAACUUGACUGCCCUGAGGGACGAUAUGUGCUCAAUGCAUCGGACCCAAGAGAUCGACAUCGCAUGACUCCUGAGGGCUUGCUGGAAUCAUCAAUUUCUAUCACUAAUACCUACUGUCUGGAGAUGUUCGACCGACGCCAUUGCCCUGAAAAUGAUGUCCUUAUAAGUGCUGUUCUCUGUUUCAUUGCAGAGGUUGAGAUAAAAGACUUUCGCGUGGCAUUUGUGAUCAACAGCAUAUCAAGCGUGUGCCUGGCUCUAACUCUAAUUGUAUACUGUUCGCUACCAGAGCUGAGGAACCUGCAUGGUCGAAACUUGAUUUGCCACGUGAGCAUGAUGCUCCUUGCGUGCUCUUGUCUGGCAAGAGUACAGUAUAACCCAGUGGAUGAUAACCGUAUGUGUAGAUUACUUGGGUACGGUAUCUAUUUCGGCUUCGUGGCGGCGUUCGCUUGGCUGAACGUCAUGUGCUUCGACAUAUGGUGGACAUUUGGGAGUGUUCGAACUGUGCAACCUCUACGAAAGAGCAGUUCAGAACGACGUCGUUUUCUGUGGUACUCUCUCUAUGCCUGGAGUAUUGCAGUAUUUCUUACAUUAACGAUGUUCAUUCUAGACCAAUAUCCAAUUUCUAUACGCCUUGAUGCGAACAUAGGCAAUGGCGCAUGCUGGUUUGGCUCACUUCAAAACGUGGAGUCCGACUGGCCUCAUUACAUAUUCUUUGUAAUCCCGAUGGGAGUAGUUACGUGCACCAAUUUUGUUCUAUGGAUAUUGACUGCACGACAUUGUGCCCGUGUUAAGUCAGAGGUGCAUCGCUUACAGGCAGGCUCCGUAGGUGAUCGUGCGAAACGACGUUUUCGUAUAGAUAGAGCUAAAUACGUAUUAACUGGAAAACUAUGGAUAGUGAUGGGUGCUGGAUGGAUUUCGGAGUUGCUUUCAACACUAGUGACACAUCCUCUAUGGCUUUGGACAAUAGUCGAUUUAUUUAACGAACUGCAGGGUGUCUUCAUCUUUCUAAUACUUGUGGUGAAGCCUAAACUUUACUACCUUAUUAGAAAACGGUUAGGUUGUUCUCGGGUCCCGCUUGACACAAGGCUGGAGAAACCGGACACACAGAAAAAUGGCGCCUCUUCUUCAGGUCGUACCUCCUCUACGUUCCUGUCCAGAACAAUUAGCUCUGAUGAACGCGCUAAUUUACGGACUACCCUACCCAAUAACAAUAAACAGGCCUGA